UAAGGGGCUACAGUAUUACCCAAAUUUCAGUGCAGUUUUUCAUUUUAUGUCACUGAGAGUGGAGUAUCAAGGUCCUACCUUUCCUCAGGGCUUGUGCUGCUCCAUGUGCUGGCAUCCAUCUUAGGUGUCUGCAAAGCAUUGUGGGAUCCUUUAUGCUUUCAGCCCUAUGCGGCUCCUCCCCCAGGAGGUGGCGGCUUAUCACAUAUAAGUCUGCUGUUUGUGGCUGUCCAUUGCAUUCGUGUCCUGUCUGUUGCACAACAGCAAGCUCCUGUUUAGCUACUCAUUGCUUUCCUGGAUACCGA